GAAGCUAAGCCUUAUGAUGAAAUGCCUAUAAGUCACGAAAAAGUGGACACUGGAUUAUGCGAGCCUGAAAUAGACAUUUUUUUUGGAAAAUUUGGAGUGUAUGGAGGGCAAACUGAGUUUGUGGCUGCUAAAACCGAAGAGGAUGAGUCAACGAUGGGUGAUGAUUAUUUCAGUAUUCCUUUAAUGGAUUCACUUGACAUUCAUUCGAAGGAUAAUAAAUGUGAGGCGCAAAAAUUAAAUGUUGUGGUUGAAAACAAAGGAAAAGCGAGAAGAGGACGCCCAAAAAAAAUCGAUAGCCCUCCAAAGAAAAAUAAGACCAACAUUAAAGAAAAACCAGAGCGAAGAAAACGGACUGCCAAUAAAAAGAAAACUCAAAGCAAAGAUAUUGCGCAAAAACCCGAGCACUCCAUCAAUUAUGGUGAAAAAUUAAAAGCUAUCCAAAAGGCUGAUGAAUUUUUGGCGAAAAACACAGAGUUAGAUUGUUUCAUUUGUAAGGAGAAGUUGAAAGAUUUUAAGGACCUUAAAACUCAUUUUCGACAAAAACAUAAAUGCGCUGGCUAUGCGGUUUGCUGCGACCAACGUUUUCUCAAACGCACAUUAUUUGUAGAUCACAUACAACUGCAUAAGAAUCCAGAUUUUUUCAAGUGUUCAAUAUGCCAAAAACAAUUGAUAAGCCGCAAAAAUUACAUCAAUCAUAUGCACUCGUUACACCCAGCAGCUGAAAAUCUUCAAUUUGCUUGCAAACUUUGUCCGAAAAAGUUUAUCAAACAAUACAUUUUAGAUAGUCACAUAAAGAUGUGUCAUAUGUCUAAAAAUCACGUGUGCAAACUGUGCGAUAAAGCUUUUGCCAACAUCUGGACUUUAACUCAGCAUGAAAGAGCUGUACAUCGAAAUGAAUUUGAAUCUGUUUGCGAAAUAUGUGGAAAACGUUUAAGAACCACGGCAAAUUUAAAAUAUCACAUGGACAACAUACACAACACGGAGCCACGUCCAGAGGUGCAGUGUACAGUAUGUCAUAAAUGGCUUAAGAGUGAUCAUAAUUUGCGCAAGCAUAUGAAAUCACAUCGUGAUGAAGCAUCUGGUGUAGUAUUUAAGUGUCCUCACUGUAAUGUUGAGAAAAAAUCAAGAACCUCGCUUUCGUCUCAUAUACUUUAUCAUCACUCAAAUAGAGUUUUCACUUGUACAAUGUGUGCAAAAGAAUUUAAAACUCCAACUAAAUUGAAGGUAGUUUCAAAUGUGUAAUAUAUUAAGGGAUGUUUUAUACUGUCAUAUUGUUGUAGGUCGUAUUUUUUUUAACAUUAUUACCAUGGUUGUGAAACUCUAGGAUGCACAACUAUACGACAGUAUACAACAUUUUGUGAGCUCCCUAAUUAUUUGUAUACCCGCGCACUGUUUUAUUAACUUUGUUCGCAUAACGGUUGUUUAUAACAGCCUAAAGUAAACGCGAUAGAUAUAGGCAUACAUAUGUGUGUAUUAGGGUGAUCCAAAAUAACUAACUUAACGAAUUUAUGGCCUUAAAAGGACUAAUUUACUGAGAAGAAAAUAAUGGCAGGAAUGUUAAUCCUGCGAUCCCGGAAUCCAGGGCUCCCGGCCUUUUGAAGGUCCCCAAAAUGCCGGGAUUCUCGGCAAAUAAUCCCGGGAUCUUCGGGAUUUAUAUUUUGCACGGAUGGCAAUAAUGGAAAAUUCUUUUCAUGACCAGU